AUGGCCUGCCAACAGCUCCACUUGGCUUUUUUGUUGGGACUUCGCGUUCGCAGCAUGUUGCAGGCGGCGAUAUUCAGAAAGAUCACCCGGCUCUCCCAGACGAGCCGAUGCGCCAACCCGUCUGGCUACCUGGUCUCUGUCCUCGGCGUCGACUGCAUGCAGCUGUCCAUGAGCAUCACACAGAUGCCCACGGAAGUGGUCGGCGUCCUCGUCAUGCCGCUGAUAGUCUACCUCCUGGCCGCUCGCGUGGGAACUGACCCGGCGCUCUGCUGCGCAGCGUGGAUGCUGGGAUCGCUUCUCCUCAUCAUUCCAGUGGCGAGGCUCCAGAACGCCAUUUGGCGGCAAAUCAUGGUGUACCGCGACGAACGCUUGAAACGUCUCUCGGACGUUCUUUCUUCGGUGCGACUGGUCAAGAUGUACGCUUGGGAAGACGCCUGCACGGAUGCAGUGGACAGGCUCAGAAGGAAGGAGAUGCUUCCCAUAUUUCUGAUCAACCUACUUGACGGCUUCAUUGAUUCGCUGUACAGCGCAUCCAGCUCUGUGAUGCUCAUCAUACUCUUCGGUUCCUUGACAAUCCUGGACCCAAGUCGAACACUCGACGCCGCCCUGUCGUUUUCGGUCAUUUACAUUAUUUCUAUCAAUGACUUGCUGACGAUGAUCCUGGCUCAAUUCAUGAGGAUGCGAAGCAUGGUGUCGCUGGGCAUCGGCAGAAUCGCAAAGUUGUGCUCGGAGGAAGAGCAGGAAGAAAGUUCCGCGGAAUCAAAGCUGUAUACGCGGCCCAUUGCUUUCCUCGCAGGCGAGAUCCUUCUAAGCGACUGCUCUUUCGUCUGGACCAAAAGGGAAGAAUGCCUAAGCGAUCCAACGCUCAAAUCUGUUUCCCUGGAAAUAGCGCCGGGGUCGCUCGUGGGACUGGCUGGUUUCGUUGGCAGCGGCAAAUCUUCGCUCCUGGCAGCCAUCUUGGGGGAUAUGCACUGCGUAGAAGGCACCAUUACGACCUCCGGCCGCAUCAGUUACGUCCCGCAAGUGGCCUGCGUGUACAACAUGACCGUCCGCGACAACAUUCUCUUCGGGGAGAAGUUCGAUCCGGUACGCUACGACCGAGUCCUGGAGGCCUGUGAGCUACUCAGCGAUAUCAACAGGUUUCCUGCAGGAGACCUCACUGAAGUAGGGGAAAAGGGUGAAACACUAAGCGGUGGGCAAAAGCAGCGCAUUUCACUAGCACGGGCGGCGUACUCCCGAUCCACCAUAUGCCUGCUUGACGACUCGCUGAGUGCUUUAGAUCCUACAUUGGCCGCAAGGGUAUUCACGCAAGUUGUGGGAAACACCGGGCUUCUAAAGAGCAGGACUCGAAUCCUGGUAAGCAACCAGGGCAACAUACUCAAGAACAUGGAUAAGCUACUGUUAAUGGACGGCACAACGGUGAUUACGCAUCAAAGCAUUACCGAUCUAUUCCAAGACGAACGAGCUCCAGAAACACUUCGGCUGGGCGUGUCUUCCAAGAGAUCACUGUCAAGCGAUCCUGGAAGCAUGGAUAAGCCCACAUCGCAACAAGAGAUUUCAAAUGGGAGGAUGACACAAGAUGAACGGACGUCCUCCUUUAUGGGUUCAUUAGAAGUUUCGUGCUCCCUAUUGAGGCUUUCGGGUAUCUGGAUGCCCCUGGCGGUCGCCUUCUUCGUGGCCAGUGCGGCAGUCCUCGCGUGGCAGCAACUGUGGAUCAAGCAGUGGACCGACGCCAGCUCUCCAAUGUCCACCAGCGAUCCACGGGAUCCUUUCUGGGUCAGGGGCCUGGUAGUCUUAUGCAUGUGCGAUGUGCUAUUCCGGAUCACUGGAGGUGCGCUGCUGGCCAUCGGCUGCCGUCAGUUGUCCCUCACCCUGCACCAAUCCAUGCUGAGCCACGUGCUCAACAGUCCGGUGUCCUUCUUUGACGCCCAUCCGCGUGGAAGGCUUCUGAACCGCUUCACCGUCGACGUCGAGGCUAUCGACACCCGACUGUACCUGACCGGAAAACAAAGCGUCCAGAACACCCUGCUCAUGCUAGCACGGUUGUUUGUCAUCGGCAGCCAGGUGCCGCUGAUUCUGGCCGUGGGGUUCGUCGCCGCCAUCUUACUCGGGUUGGGAAUGCGCAUUGUCGUGCGAGCAUCCAUCAGCCUCCGGUUCCUCGAGAGCACCUACGUGUCCAGGCUGCUCCAGCACGUCACCGAGACCGUAGACUCCCUGAGCACCGUCCGAUCGUACGGCGUCGUAGACCGCUUCUGCCACCACUUCUAUCGGCUCACGGACGAGGGCAUGCGAGUGGUCUACGGCUUUACAGCCUGUUUCCGCAUGGCCAGGACCAUGGCCAGUCUCCUGGGCUUCGUGGUCGUGCUCACGACGCUUAUUCUGACCACCACGUUCUCUUCCGAGGCAGAUGACGUCACCAGGGCCAGCAGUGUUGGGCUGGCCCUGAGCUCUUCAGUUGCAGUUCCGUUGACCUUGUCGACCAUCUGCUUAAUAAUGUUCAACGUGUUUCAACAAAUUGUAUCCUUGGAGCGCUGCCUGGAGUACACCAAGCUCCCGAAAGAGGUUCAAAACGAGCGUACGACUGCUACUUCAGAGAACGUUAACCAAGGCUUACGUUCAAGAACCCUCUUGGUGAACGAUAGCUGGCCGACGAGAGGUCAAAUAGAAUUUCAAGAGUACUCGGCGUCCUACAGGCCAGGAGACUUACCGGAUGUGUUGAAGGGUGUGACAUUCUCUGUUCAGUCUUACGAAAAGGUGGGAGUGGUAGGGCGUACGGGUGCCGGCAAAUCAUCGCUCGUCCUAGCCCUGCUCCGAGUCCUCAAGGCUUCGCAGGGCCGGAUAACAAUUGACAGCGUGGACAUCACUCAAGUGCCGCUGAAGAGGCUCAGGUCUGCUAUCACCGUCAUUCCUCAGGACCCAAUCCUUGUUCGCGGAAGCCUUAGAGACAACUUGGACCCGAUCGGCACCCACACGGAUGAAGAACUUUGGGAUGCCUUGCAAAAAUCUCACUUGGACGAGUUUGUGUCCAAGCAUCCGCAAAGGCUCCUUCUGGACACUGGAGAUGGGGGAGCCAAUCUCAGCGUUGGGCAGCGACAACUGGCUUGUCUUGCCCGGGCCUUGAUUCGAAGACCGCAAGUUCUUAUUCUGGACGAAGCCACUUCGCAGAUGGAUGGCGACACAGACCGCCUUAUCCAAGCCACACUUCGACAGAGUUUCGGAAAAUGCACCGUGAUGGCCAUCGCACACAGAAUCCAUACUGUGCUCGACUACGACAAGAUCUUAGUCAUGGGCGACGGGAGAGUCAUGGAGUACGGAUCCGUGGCUGAACUACUGUCCAACCCUGCAACGAUGUUCAGCAGAAUGGUCCAGAGCGCAGGAGUGGCGCCAUCUCCCGACAACAGGACACGGGAACUUUAUCAAACUAAACUUUAG